CAUUUCUGGGACAACCUUUAAUUAGUCGUUUAUUUGUUGUGUCCCACAAUGUCCACGAGUGACAUACGUGAUUUUUUCAAAAACCAGACACUUUUCCUAACCGGAGGUUCGGGUUUUGUCGGUAAACUAAUUCUAGAAAAACUCCUACGAGAAUGUCCCGACAUCAAAAAAAUCUUCCUGAUUUUGCGUCCGAAAAAGGGCAAAACGUCCCAACAACGCUUCGACGAACUGUUCGACAUGCCUUGUUUCGAAUUACUCAAAUCGAUGAAAAUCAACAUCUCGGAGAAAGUUUUUUUGGUGGACGGUGAUUGUCAAGAGCCUUUUUUGGGCCUCAGUGCCCAAAAUUUGGACUUGUUGCGCGAGGAAGUGACGUGCGUUAUCCAUGCUGCGGCCAAUGUUAAAUUCGACCAAAGUCUCAAAGAGGCAGCUUUCAAUGUUCGAGCGACUCGAGAUUUGCUCGAAUUGGCCAAACAGAUGCCAAACUUGAAGAGUUUUGUCUACGUCUCGACGGCUUAUUCCAACUGCCUUAACCCUCACAUUAGGGAAGAUUUUUACGAACCACCCCUAAAACCCGAAAACUUACUCUCGGUGGUGAAUUCCCUCGAUGACGAUGUUUUGACGAAAAUAACACCAUCUUUGUUGGGCCCUUGGCCCAACACUUACAUCUACACCAAAUCCAUAACUGAGGAUUUAGUCAAAUCAGCUAGUACUAGCCUCCCGAUUGCCAUAGUACGCCCAGCUAUCAUUGUAGGUUCGAUCAAAGAACCAGUCCCUGGCUGGAUUGACAACUUUUACGGAGUUGUUGGUAUAGUUCUAGCUGCAUCUUUGGGCGUUUUGAGGAGUCUGAAUGCAAAACUAGACGCCAUAGCACCCAUAGUACCGGUCGAUUAUGUCGCCAAUGUAAUCAUAGCAGCGGCUUGUAAAACCGGAAGAGAACAACCGAAAUUCCCGGUCAUUUACAACUACGUCCGCUUUGGCAAAAACAGUCAACUCACUUGGGACCAAUUUAUGAAAAAAGUGGAGCCCGAAUGUUGGAACGCAGCGUGUGAUAAAGUCGUUUGGUACUUCGGCUUCAAACUACGCGAAAAUAAGACUUGGCACAACAUUUACAUAUUUUUCACGCACACUGUUGUGGCCCACAUUGUUGAUUUCGUCCUGCUCUGUGUCGGAAGACCGACUUUAGCUGUGAAAAAUUACGAACGUCUCAAUAAACUGCUCGACUUGAUUUCGUAUUUCUCGACCCGGAGCUGGACUUUUGACACUGAUAAUGUUACAAAAUUGUGGCACGAAAUGAGCGAUGAUGAUAAGAACAGAUUUGAGUUUCAUUUGGAUUCGGUCGACUGGAAUUCGUUUGCCCACGACAGUGUUUUCGGAGGAAGAAAAUUCCUUCUGAAGGAAAGUCUCGAUACUAUUCCAAAAGGAAAACGGAAACUUAGAAUUCUGUUUUUUGCGCAUUAUACUCUAAUGGCCGUGUUUUGGUUUCUCAUGUAUAAAUUUGUAAGGUUUUUGUUUGGUUCCUCUUUCUAAUAAAGUUGGUUAAAAUGAA